GCAGCAAUCUCGUUUGUUCUAUCACCGCGCGCCGCUCUCCUCACUCUCUUUCUCACAUCAUCAUCUUCAUCCAUCACCUCCUCAUCUCUCUCUCCCUCCCCCGGCGCGUGAUGACCUCAACCUCAACUUGGAUAGAUAGAUCGAUCACCACCGCCGCUGAUGAUCUGGGCUGGGGAUGCCCAUGCUCACCGGUCCUCCUCCUCCUCCUCCUCCUCCUCUAUUAUAUUUAGAGCUGCUAGCCCUACUGCUACCACUACAGUACUAGUACUAGUACACCCCCUCUCUCUCCCUCCCCUCUCGGCUCGUGGUUGUGGGCAGCAGCGAGCAUCUACCUUCUCUCUCUCUUGCCAGCCAGCCCAGCCCAGCCCAGGCUUGUACUGCUCUAGCUCCCUUGUUCUUCUCCAUCCAUCCUCACCACCUCCUCCCUUUUCUUUCCCCUUUUCCUCACACCCCCUCUUUCCAGUUUGUGCUGUCUGCUGUGCCUCCGGCGUAGCUACCUUUAAUUUCUCGCACCACUCGCUCGCCUUAGCUUCAUGCGCGCUGAUGGCCGCAGCCUCAUCCGUCUCGCCCACCUCAAUUCUGCUGUAGCACAACAAGCCUACUACUAGUACUAGCGCCAAUAAUUAAGCCGGCCGGCAUGCAGCAGCCGGGCAUGCCGCCAUUCUCCGGGACGCCGCCGGUGGGGGUGGGCCAGAACGCCGCCACGCCUACCAGCACCCGGCCGCCGGAGGGACAGCAGGCUGUGGGCGGCACGGCCUCUGCAGCAGGAGGCGCCGACCACGAAGCAGCCGCAGGGAUGUCCGCGGGCGGCGACGAGGGCGGGCCGUCGGGCAACCGGUGGCCGCGGCAGGAGACGCUGGCGCUGCUCAAGAUCCGGUCGGAGAUGGACGCCGCGUUCCGGGAGGCCGCCCUCAAGGGACCCCUCUGGGACCAAGUCUCCAGGAGGCUGGAGGCCAUGGGCUACAAGCGCAGCGCCAAGAAGUGCCGCGAGAAGUUCGAGAACGUCGACAAGUACUACAAGCGCACCAAGGACGGCCGCGCCGGCCGCGGCGACGGCAAGGCCUACCGCUUCUUCUCCGAGCUCGAGGCCCUCCACGGCGCUUCCUCCUCGCCGGCGCCGACACCUGUGGCUAUGGCGCCACCGGCCAUGCAGCAUGCCGACCCGCUGCCUCGUGUCGCCGCCGUGCCGCAGCCGGCGCCGCUGAUGAUGAGUGGCGCCACCGCUCCUGCAGCGGCCGCCGCCGGCGACGCGGCAUGCAUGUUCACGCCCGGUGACGUGAGCUUCUCCUCGGGCUCUGAUGGGGAGGACACGGAGGACACAGGCGACGGCGGGAAGCGGAAGAGGGAUGGCGGGGACGACGUCGGCAGCAGCAAGAUGAUGCGCUUCUUCGAGGGCCUGAUGCGUCAGGUGAUGGAGCGGCAGGAGGAGAUGCAGCAGCGCUUCAUCGAGGCCAUCGAGAAGAGGGAGCAGGACCGGAUGAUCCGCGAGGAGGCGUGGCGGCGCCAGGAGGUGGCGCGCCUCGCCCGCGAGCAGGACGCGCUCGCCCAGGAGCGCGCCAUGGCCGCGUCCCGCGACGCCGCCGUCGUCUCCUUCAUACAGCGGGUCACCGGCCAGACCAUCCCGAUGCCCUCCGUCUCCGUCGCGCCGCCGGCAUUCAUCGGCGCGCUGGCACAUCCGCCCUUGCAGCCCACGCCGGUGGCUUCCGCUGCCCCGCCGCCGGCGCCGCACCAGCAACCGCCGUCAGUUCAGCUGUCGCCGAAGACGCACACGAUGCUCAAGCCUGCACAGCCCCAAUCACAGCAUCAGACGCCGCCGCCGGCGCAGCCACAGAGCAAGGAGAUCAUCGUCCGUGCGCCGCCGGCGGAGUCGCAAGACACGGCGGGGUCCGGCGGCGGCGCGCCGUCGCCGUCUAGGUGGCCCAAGGCGGAGGUGCACGCGCUGAUCCAGCUGCGCACGGAGCUGGAGGCGCGGUACCAGGACUCGGGGCCCAAGGGCCCGCUGUGGGAGGACAUCUCGGCGGGGAUGCGGCGGCUGGGGUACAACCGGAGCUCCAAGCGCUGCAAGGAGAAGUGGGAGAACAUCAACAAGUACUUCAAGAAGGUGAAGGAGAGCAACAAGAAACGCCCCGAGGACUCCAAGACCUGCCCCUACUACCACCAGCUCGAAGCGCUCUACCGCAGCAAGGCGCUCGCCUCCUCGUCCGGCGCCGGCGGCGUUGCCGCAGCGGCUCCGCGCCAGCCUCAGGCAGCAGGUGUCACCGUGCUGGCCGCGGUGCCACUCUCCCAGACGGCGCCCCACGGGGGCAAGCAGGAAUGUACCAACGGGAACGGGAACGGGAACGGGUGCGCGGGCAGGGGCGGUUCGGACAACGGCGGCAGCUCCGGGGGCAUGCAAACGCAGGCGACCAACGGCAGGUUCUCCGUCGAAGGCGCCGGCGGCAAUGGCGUCGCGUCGAACAAGAUGCAAGAAGAAGGCAUCACGAUCACGAAGGAGACGGCGGCGACGGAGCCGAGGCCGCAGCCGGUGUCGACGAACGACAGCUACGUGAACGACACCAUGGACAGCGACAGCAGCAUGGACGACGACGACGACGAGGAGGAGGACGAGUUCGACGACGACGACGAGCGCAACGUUGACGGCGGCAACAGCAAGAUGCAGUACGAGAUGCAGUUCCAGCGGCAGCAGCAGGGCCAGAGCGCGAGCGGCGGCGGCGGGUCAUCUGGGCCCCGCGGGCCGGCAGCAGCGUCAUUCCUGACCAUGGUCCAUCACUAGGACUACUAGCUGCAUACACACAUACCAAAGCCGCGUACACAGGUACGGUACGGUAAAAGUGGGCAUCAACAUCUACCGUCAAGUUAAAAGUUUUACUCCUUCCAACCGAUCGAUCGACACAACAACAAGCUCCAAAGUAAUUCCGGCCAGCUAGCUGUUCAUCAUCAUCGUUUUUCACUUGGAUCUCUCUGCACAUACACAUGGACGUAUACGCCAUGGAAAGACACGUGAGACUCACCGUACAUAUACAGAUGGUAUUGGGGUGUACACUGUCGAGUAGAUACCGCGUGUUUUACUCUGCUAUAUAUAUAUAUUGUUACUUGUAUGGUACAAAAGCACAAGGACGUUGUCUAGAGCUGAGGGAGAAAUUAAUGUGCUCUUGCGGGAAUUUCUUCAUUUUUUUUGGGUAUACUUUUGGGCCUUUCUUUUUUUCUUUCCCCUUUUAAUUAAGAAGAGUUACCGAACUGUCCAUUAUGUAAUUUAUAAAUUCGUUAUUACAUAUACUGUGGUUAUAUUAAUGGCUGUUAAACUAUAUAUAUGUACACUUAUUAGUUGGUAAAUGUAAAUUUCUUGAGGUUC